AACACAAAUAUAAACAAAAUGUCUGUACAAAUGUCGGAAAUGUCUAAAACCUAUCAAUACCGCAAAGUUAUGAAACCCAUGUUGGAGCGCAAACGUCGUGCCCGCAUUAAUAAAUGCCUGGAUGAAUUGAAAGACUUAAUGGUGGCCACAUUGGAAUCGGAAGGUGAACAUGUCACACGUUUGGAGAAAGCCGACAUCUUAGAGCUGACCGUUUCGCAUUUGCAAAAAAUGAAACAACAACGCAAAUCGAGCAGUUCGAAUGGCAAUACCACCAUGAAUCAGGCCGAAGGUUUCCGUUCCGGUUACAUACAUGCUGUCAAUGAAGUCUCCAAAUCAUUGUCGGAACUGCCAGGUGUCAAUGUUUCCUUGGGCACUCAACUAAUGACCCACUUGGGUCAACGUCUCAAUCAAUUGCAGCCUGCCGUUAAACCAGCUCUACCUCUUACCAGCCCCUUGUCCGUGCAAAUUGGAGCCCCCAAUUUCAGAGGUCAAUACUCUGUGCCAAUUUCACCUGUUUCCAGUUAUUCCACCAGUCCAAAUUCCAGCAUUGGCAGUGAAAAGUAUGCCUCCUCUCAACUUUUAACCACCUGUCCCACCACACCCAUUGAUGUUACCAGUAUCGAUGUGGAAAUUGAGGAUGAGGAAAAUGUCUGGCGCCCUUGGUAAUCUUAACUCCAGCUGUUAACAAAGAGUCAAUGCACCCUUUAGUUCAAAAUGUCUUCCAAACCGGGCUUUAUCCAAAAGCCUUAAUUUAUAUUUAUAAUUAUUUUUAAUCACAAACAAAGCUUUAACAAAUUAAUAUAAUCAAUAUAAUAAUACUAAUAAUGAUGUGAUAGUCUAAGUAAACAAAUUGUUAAAUUAUUUAUAAGUUCCGAAAAAAAAACUAAACAAAAAUUAAAAUAAUUUAUGAAAUUUAAACAAAAACCAAACAAA